AGUCGUCAAUCUAUCACCUUAGAUAUGAAGCUUAAAAUGAUUAAACUGUCUGAAGAAGGUGUUUCUCAAGCUGAGAUAGGCCGAAGGCUAGGCUUCACUCGAACGACAGUUAACACGGUCAUAAAGAGUAAAGAAAAAAUUCUUGCAGAAGUUAAGAGUGCUAUGCCAGUUAACACAAGAACAAUUAGAAAAAGGUAUAGCGUUGUUGCAGACAUGGAGAGACUCUUAAUAGUUUUGAUAGACAAUCAGACUUCAUGCCAGGUUCCUGUAAGCCAGGCAAUGACUCAAAGUAAGGCCUUGAGCCUAUUCAAUGACCUAAAGGCUAAGAAAGGUGAGGCAGCGAAGGAUGCCAAAUUUGUUGCAAGCCAUGGAUGGUUUGACAGGUUCAAGAAGAGGUCUAACCUACAUAACAUCAGAGUGCAAGGAGAGGCAGCUGCUGCAGAUACUGAGGCUGCAGAAAGCUAUCCACGCGACCUUGCCAAAAUUAUUGAAGAGGGAGGCUACUCCAAGGAACAAAUUUUUAAUGUGGAUGAGACUGGGCUGUUCUGGAAAAAGAUGCCUGCAAGAACCUUCAUCUCAAGAGAGGAGAAAACAAUGCCAGGCUACAAGGCAGCUAAAGAUAGAAUGACCCUUCUGUUAGGUGGCAAUGCCUCUGGUACCUUAAAGCUAAAGCCUAUGCUAAUUUAUCAUUGGCAAAACCCUAGAGCUUUGAAGAACUACAUUAAAACUAGACUUCCAGUGCAUUGGAGGUCUAAUAGAAAAGCAUGGGUGACUGCAGCCAUUUUCGAAGAAUGGUUUGACACCUGCUUUGUACCAGAGGUGAAAGCCUAUUGCAAGGACAAUAAUAUCCCUUUUAAAAUUUUGCUCCUUGUAGACAAUGCUCCUGGCCACCCACGAACGUUAGAUGAGCUGAACCCUAACAUUCGAGUGGAAUUCCUACCACCGAAUACCACCUCACUACUGCAGCCCAUGGAGCAAUGUGUCAUAGCCACCUUCAAGUUGAACUACUUGAAAAGAACAUUCAGUAAAUGUAUUGCAGCAAUAGACAAUGAAGAGGAGACAGGCCAAGAAGUCCUAAAGAAAUUCUGGAAAAGCUACGACAUCUUGGAUUGCAUCAAAACUAUAAGAGAUGCUUGGAAUGACAUAAAGGAAACAACAAUGAAAGGGGCCUGGAAAAAAUUAUGCCCACAGUUAGUUGAUGAUUCUGAAGGCUUUGAAGAUCCUGUAGCUGAUGUUACUGAAAAUAUUGCAGAGAUGGCAAAGCAGUUAGAGCUGGAAGUGGAGCCAGAAGAUGUUGCUGAACUUAUGGCGUCCUAUACUGAACCCCUCAGCAAUGAAGAUCUUCUGGAACUUGAAGAGGAGACAGAAGAAGAAAAUGUGCGGGAUGAGGAUGAGACCAUGGAACAGCCUGAAGGCCUAACUUCAAAAAUUCUCUUGGAAGCUUUCCGUCAUCUUGAUAACGCCAUGGCUCUUUUUGAAAAGCAUGACAGGGACUUUGAAAGAAGUUCCAAAGUCAAUGCUAACAUUUCGGGGGCUUAUGCCUGUUACAAAGAAAUCUACAGAGAA